CCCGCACCUCAGCCCUCAAGUGCUUCUCAAUGAAUUUUCUUUAAGCAAACGGGGAUUUUCAGUUUUCACUCCUAUAUCUUGACUGGGCGUUGUGAAAUAAAAAAAAUAAGAAUGUGUUUUUAUUUUUACAUAUCAUAAGUCAUAUAUAAUUUAUAUUAUUUAAUUGAGUUCAAUGAAGAAUUGAAUAAAUAAGAUGCAGUAAUAAUUUUAAAGCUCCGUAAAAAUUCUUGUGAUUGAUUUUCAAAGGAGGUUGAGGCUCUGAAAAUCAGUAAUGCCGGAGCAAAGUAACGAUUACCGUGUCGUUGUUUUUGGAGCAGGUGGAGUGGGAAAAAGUUCACUCGUUUUACGUUUUGUUAAAGGUACCUUCCGUGAAUCUUACAUACCUACAAUCGAAGACACAUACAGACAGGUCAUAAGCAGCAACAAAACAAUAUGUACUUUACAAAUUACGGACACAACAGGCUCACACCAAUUCCCAGCUAUGCAGAGGUUGUCUAUAAGCAAGGGACACGCCUUCAUACUUGUAUACUCAGUAAGCAGUAGGCAGUCAUUAGAAGAAUUAAAACCUAUAUGGCAAACAAUAAGAGAGAUAAAAGGUACCGAUCUACCAAAUAUACCAGUGAUGCUGGCAGGUAAUAAGUGUGAUGAGAGUCCCGAAAUAAGAGAAGUGUCAGCAGCUGAGGGGCAAGGACAAGCACAAGCAUGGGGUGUUUCAUUUAUGGAGACCUCGGCGAAAACCAACCAUAAUGUUACACAGCUGUUUCAGGAGUUGCUUAAUAUGGAGAAGAAUAGAAACGUAUCGCUACAAGUGGACGGCAAGGGGAAGAAGAAAAAAGAGAAAACUGUUAAAGAUGGCGGCGAAGGUUCAGCAAGUGGUAGAGAAAAAUGCCUACUGAUGUAGUUAUAUCACUUUCUUUAAUAGCAGCAUAGUGUGAUACAAAGUUAA